UAAAACUUUAAAGUUUAGUAUAACCAUAUAUAGUACAGAAGUAUAAAUUUUUAUCUGAUAGUUUCAAUUAAAAAAAGUCUAUCAAUCAAAGUUACUUUUCAUAUCUGAUAACUUUAUAGAAGCAAUUUUUCAAGCAAUUAUACCAAUACAAAUUUGCAUGUUAAGAUGGAAGAAAAACACAGAAAAGCAAUACAAAAUAAUUUUGUUCCCCUGGUUGAACAAACAGAUCUCGAUCAUAUGGUAACAGCUUUAUACGAAAAAGGUGUAUUUUCUGAGCAAAUGAUUGAACCCUAUAAGGAUACCAGUAAGCAUCCUAGAGUUCGCAAGCGUGAACUGUACAUGGACAUCACGAGACGUGGCCCAGAAGCCUUUGGACACUUACUGGAUGUUCUUUCUGAUGCUGGCUAUUGGGACCUUGUCCGAGAACUUGACCCAAAUAGCUCCCUGCAUACAAGAAGAACAAAAGUAUCAGUCCCUAGUACCACUGUGCCAAACGAUAACAAUUAUGUUAGUAUAAGCACUGAGAAGAAAAAAACAAAAACAAGGCCUGAUGAUAAUAAAAAUAUGCUUUCAGAUGAAGCACCAAUUAUUAGCAUGGAGGCAAAUUAUUUAAAUUCCGAUCCUUAUUAUCAUGUGGUUCAAAAGUCCACAAAAUUCUUUGAAGAUGGGGAUGAUAUAAAGUUGUAUCGCACCAGGGGGCGAAGUCGCGGCAUUCUUGUUGUAUUGAGCUACAUUGAGUUUGCAUUCAAUAUAGAGGAGUACAGGAAAGGUGUGGAUGUAGACUGUCAGAAACUCAAGUACCUGUUCCCAGAGAUGGGCUUCAAAGUGCUCUCUUACAAUAAUCUCACUUUAGAUGAAACGCUGAAAACGUUGACAUAUCUAAAGGAAGUGAUAGUGAAUGUAGAGUGCGUGUUCAUCGUGGUGUCGUCGCACGGCUACGAGCGGCCGGCCACCUCGGACACGGACAUCCGCUGCUCGGACGGCAGGCUCAUCUCCAGCCAUGAGAUCAUUGAGCACUUCAGCAAUAAGAACUUCCCAGCGCUGCACGGGAUACCCAAGGUGUUCAUCUUUCAGCUGUGCCGCGGCUCCAACAAGGACUACAUAGAGGGUCCAAUCCACUUCACAAACCCAGAAGACGUGGGCGCUGGAGCGCAGUGGGACGGGCGCGUGAUCGGCGCGGAACGAAGCGAAGCGAACGCGGAGCGGGGCGAAGCGGGGCGCGGUGCGGUGUGCGACGCGCGCGGGCUCGCCGCCGCGCCGCCACGCUCGCCUGCUGCCAAGCGGGACAGACUGUAUUCCGAUAUACUCAUUGCACAUUCCACAUUACCGGGCACGGUGUCGUACCGCGACCCGGCGCUGGGCUCGUGGUACAUCCAGGCGCUGUGCGAGGUGUUCGCGGCGCGGGCGCACGACUGCCACGUGGAGAAGCUGUUCAAGCUCGUGGACAAGCGGCUGCACGCGCGCUUCCGCGUGCAGACCAGCUCCGUGGACAACUGGGGCUUCAACCGCCGGCUCUACCUGCACCCCGGCCUAUAUGAGGACGAGCCGUGAUAUCAGACAGACCAUGGGAGCUUUCUAAGAGAUUUUAUGAAGAAUGACAUGGUGCUAAGUGGUCCUUUGGAUGGAUAAAUGCUGUACGAACGGAAAUAUCAAUGAUCUUCAAAUAAUAUCUAGUACAUAUUAUACAGGGUUACUUGUAAAACACCGGCAACCUCGCAGGACAAGAUAGCUAACAUCAUAUGCAACAACAUUUGUUCUACGACUUUUGAU